ACAUUAAAAUUAACACAUCAUUUUCAGAUAUUUCUAGAGAAAACAAAUUAAAAAUAAACCAUGCUAAAACACACCCUCUAAAAGAAAAAACAAUGGAAAAAUCUAAAAAAAACAUUUUAAAAGAGUGUGAAGAUUAUGAAAUUGCUGUAGAUUUAACUAAUAUAAAGUUUUAUGAGAAAUCACGCUUACAGAAAUUGAAUGAUAAUUAUCAAAUUCGCAAAACGAAAAUAGAAAUGUGCGUCAAAAACAAGUUAAAUAAAAAAUACACUGAAGUAGAAAAAAAACUUAAAAAAGAUUUGCGUAAUCUUGCUUGGCAGAAAAUACGAUGUAAAAAUAUAAUACCUAAACUAAAUAAAUUUCCCACUCAUAACUAUUCUUUAAAACAACCGAAAUUCAUUGAUAAAUUGAUUUCCAGAAAAUAUAAUCCAAGUAAUACUUUACAAAAUCCUCACGAUGGUUUCUUAAAACUGAAACCCUAUGGCCAAAACAUAUUUAAGUGUAUACAUUGUACUUUGGAAGGAAGUAGUCGCUGUCAUGGCUCUCACAGGCGUAAAGAAAAUGUAUGUUUCAAUAAAAUGAAGGUUAUACAAGAAGAACUUAAAGCAAUAAGACUCAACGAAGAUAAAAAACACUUAAACAUUUCUAAAAAGAUUGAAUAUGACUCUAAUGAAGUUAGUAAUGGGCUGGUUAAAUUUUCCGUGGAAAGCAAGUUUACAGAAUUAGACCAUCACAUUAAUGUUUUUCAAAAAUUAAUACGAGGAAGAGCAUAUCAUGCUAUGAUGUUUAUGGCAAGACAUAAAUUUGAUGAAAUGUUAAAAACUGUAUUGAAUUUAGAGACUCCAGAUCGACCUAUAAAAACCAAAGAGUAUAAAAAACGUGAAAUUAUAAAUGAUGGAAAAUUAGGAUUUACUAGUAAGCUGAUAAAUCAUUUUAUUAUGUCUCUUUCUAAUGAAACAUUUAGAAUAAACGAAGAAAAAAAGAACAAAAUGUUAAUGAAACACGCAGAAAGAGUUAGAUGUAUGGUUGAAGCAGCAGAAAAAAAGAGGAGACAAAUAGAAGAAAAAAUACGUCUAGAACAUGAUGAAAUGUACAAACAAAUGGUUAAAAUACGUCAAGAAACUGCUGAAUUAGCAUUUGAUCGUUUUGUCGAAAAUGCCAUAGAACGCAGUGUAGAAGAACAAAGUGUUCGUUAUGUCAAAAAAGUUGUGUCAAAAACUAUUCCCCAUAAUGACAACUUUUAUGACCCAAACCGCAAAGAACUUGAAUCAGAAUUAAUAUUUAAUUUUAUUGUACCAGAAGCUUGUAGAGCUUUAGUACGAAAAAAUAUAAAAGAAAAACAAAUGAAAUACCUUGAAGUAGCGAGAAGCAUUAUUUGUCACGAAAGUAGUAAUGAAGAAUACAAUUAAAAUACUAAAACAUAAACUUUAUUGCUAAAAUAAAUUAAUAAUUAUCAUUUUCAUUGUAUUAUAAAUUAUGUAUUGUUAUUUUCAGUGAUAAACAUUCAUAGCUAUA